AUGGCCAGAGCCGAAGGGAAAUAUGAGAGAAAAUCUCAGGUUUGUUAUAUAACAAUUGACAUAAAAUCAGUAUGUGUCUUAUUCAUGAAAAAAUACCUCUCUAACAUAGGCGUACCGGGCGGGGGGGGGGCGGGGUGAGGGGGGGGGCGGUAGCCCCCCAGUUUGUUGGGCAGUCGGGCAAUAUUCAAUCAACAGUCGGGCAAUUUUGUUUGUGUUUUUUUAAAAAAAUGGGACAAAUUCUGUCUAUUUAGUCGGAAAUUCAGUCAAUUUUGUGGUCAAUUUUGUGUUGUUUGGAAAAUUUGUGUGAUGUUUUGAAAAAUUUAGGUGUGUCCGGAAAAUUUUUUUUGACAAAAUUCUUUCCGCCCCCCUAAUUUUUUCCUUCCGGUACGCCCAUGCUCUCUAAUGUCAAUCAGGCAAUCUUUAUGCCAGGAUUUUAAAAAGUAUAGUACCAAAGUUAUCAUCAGCAGAAGCCCAACCCCAAGAAAAUAUAUUUGAGAGGACAUUUGAACUUAAACUGAUAACGCGCGUCUUACCUAGGCACGUCUUCCAGUCAAAUGGAUGGCUCCUGAAGAUUUAUUUCACGAAACCUGUACAAGCAUGAGUGACGUGUAAGUAAAUACAUUUAAUUAAACUAAUUAAAAUUUUUUCAAAGAUUUUUAUUUAUAGCGCAACUGUUAUUGUUAAAUAUUCGAAAAGCGGGAGCCAUGUUCUUUUAAUAUUUUAACUACAGUAAUAUUGACUUUAAUUUUCAUAAAGCCUAGUUCUCAUUCAUCGCAAACUGUCACCGACGAUCGGCGACGCUUAUCACCGAUGCUCGCCGAUCGCGAAUGCACGAAAGUUCUCAUACAUCGAUGAUCGUCGCAGAUGACAGUCAAUGUGUUUCGAAAUUUCUCACCAAGGCACAAAAUGGCCCCGUUCAACGUAAAGUUCAUGAUUUCUGUCAAACUUCAGUCGAUUAUUUCCUUGCUUGUUGAGGAAAAAACAACUUUUACUCAUUUCUCAUAGGUUUUUCAAGCAGGUGGCAGUCGGCGAUGGUCGCAAGAAACAAACUUUUUUGUUUCCUGCGAUGUCAUCGCCGAUGGUCGGCGACGAUUACGGACAAUCGGCGAUAUAAUUUUUGAUGUGUUCUCAUAAAUCACAAGCGGUCGCCGACGUCGCAAAGCUCCCAUCGCCGACGGCUUGCGAUGAAUGAGAACUAGGCUUAAAAAAAGAAAAAUCUGACCUUGAUAUAUUAAACGACAAACGUCUAACAGAGCUACAAUAACGUCUGAGGAACAAUUGCAUAAAAAGUCAAGAUUUUGGGGCAUCUCGCUCGAUAGAACUGAAUGUACACUAGAUAGGAUUUUUCUAAUGGAACUUUUGAACGUAAACUUGUAUACAACUCAUAAUUACAUGCAUGCUGAACCAGGACAUGAGGACCUAUAUAAAAUUGCAUUUUUCCGCCGCUGCUUCCGGUUAGGUCUAAAAAUUGUGUAUAAAUUUCCAUUCGGAAAUUUGUUCUACAAAAGUCCAAUCUACAUUCAGUUCCAUCAAAGCGAAAAUCUUCAACAUUUACCUAUUUACCUAACUGGCACGCAUAUACAAGAACUUGUCGUUAAUCAACGGCGACUACCCUUCCUGAAAUCAACCUUGUUGAUUCAGAGCAGUCGAUGAAUUAAUAAUAAAAGCAGUUUAAAAGUACAUUCGCUUUUGCAAUCUGAAAACCACAGGAUUCAAUCGCCCUUAAAUAUUUUGAGAUUAGUGCCAUUUUUUAGAUACUGAACAAUUUUUUUUCAAGUGGUACUUUUACAUGACUUUUUCAUGCAGGCUUUGCGCUUAGCUAUAUAAACGGAUUUACCAUCUCUGAUAUGACGCAAUGGUUUUAUUUAUCAGCCUGUAUAUCAGGGUAAACAUUUUUUACUUUGCACAGGUGGUCUUAUGGAAUUGUACUUUGGGAGAUAUUUACCAUAGGUAGGAAGAUAACAAAAUUAUUGAUACGUUUUGCUUAUAACUACAUGGUGUAGAAUUUCAUACUUCCUCCCUUAAAAAUGUAAAUGAAAAUCACUUCUUUUUGUAUAAAUAACGCAGGGGAUUCUCCAUAUCCUGGUCACAAGGGAAAAGAAGUUGUCAAUUUACUUGAAACUGGCUAUAGAAUGCCCAAGCCGGAGCACUUGUCCAAUAACGU